AUGUUUCUCAUUUUUAGAUUUACCGGUACUUUCACUGCAGUGGUUGAUAAACAUCUGAAAGAAACAGGCAAAAUGGUAAAAGCUGUUGAUAAAAGCAUGUUUACAUUACCAAACUCUACACCUGUGUGUGCACUCGAUUGUGUUGAUGCUUUUAAUAGUCUUAGUGAAAAGGAAAAGCGAUACACUCAUUACCUAUCAAAAGCUUCAUUCGAUGGAUCUCUCAUUGUUUUUUGUCAGGUAUCACCUGAAUCACCAGCGCUGUUCAUUAUUUUAUAUCGCCUGUUUGCUAGUGAAACAAUCGAUGAACUGAAAAAGAAAGCACUAGAGUUGGGAUGGACCGAAGAUGAAUUUAUCGCUCUACUUGUCUUCAGUGCUGGAUUCUAUUCGAAUAGUGGUAAUUACAAAGGGUUCGGUGACACCAAAAUUGUACCGGAUGUACCAAAGGAAAAACUGAAAGCGUUAUUGACCAAGUCAAAGGCUUCUGAGAAGUAUCCGAACUUAGUGAAACUUUAUGAAUCAAUUGAAGGACACAUAUUCUCACUUGAUUCGAAGCAUUUACAUUUAGAUUUCCCGGACAAGGGAGUAACGUGCUAUCACUCAAAAUUGAUCACGAAAUCUGAUACGGACCUAAUCGAUCGGUAUUUCAAGUUGAAACAUAUUGAAGGAUGGAACAGUCGAUUGGUGAAAAGAAUCAAUGGGGACAAAACUACUUAUUUAAUUCGUAUUGCUAGUGAAAAAUCUGAAACGAAAAAGAUGGCUGAGGAGGAGUUCGAAGGAGCUAGUAUAGUGUUCGAAUACGGUGAUUAUGCACCAAUUUUAACACACACGAUCAAAUCUCUUAGCAGUGCAUUGAAUUAUGUGGCAAACGAAAACCAAAAAGAAAUGAUUCAAAAAUAUAUGGAGCAUUUUGAAAAUGGUGAUAUUAACAAUCAUAUGGAUGGUUCACGUUUUUGGAUUAAAGAUGUUGCACCAAAUGUUGAGAGUUAUAUUGGAUUUAUUGAAAAUUAUCGCGAUCCAGCUGAUAUAUUGUUGAAUUGUUUUAGAGCUGAAUUCGAGGGUUUUGUUGCGGCUGUCAAUAAGGAAACGUCGAAAAAAUUUCAAAAUUUAGUGGCCAGUGCCGAAGAUCUGUUAACUCGAUUACCAUGGGACAAAGCGUAUGAGAAAGAUAAAUUCUUGAAGCCGGAUUUCACAUCACUUGAUGUGAUCUCGUUUGGUGGAAGCGGUAUACCGGCUGGCAUUAAUAUUCCGAAUUAUGAUGAAAUUCGUCAAAAUGAAGGCUUCAAAAAUGUAUCAUUAGGUAACGUGAUAGCAGCUAUGCCAAAACAAAAGAUCAAUUUUCUCAGCAAGGAAGAUGAAGAAAUGUUCCUUAAAUAUCGUAAAGAAUCGUUUGAAGUGCAAGUGGGGUUGCAUGAAUUACUCGGGCAUGGAAGUGGAAAGUUAUUACAACGAAAUAAGGAUGGCACUUUCAAUUUCGAUAAAGACCUCAAAGAUAUGAUCACUGGGAAACCGGUUGGUUUUUCUUUUGUUCUUGUUUUGUUACGAUCUCGUUUGUUUGUUUGUUUGUUUGUUUUGGUGUCAAGUUGGUAUGAGCCUGGUGAAACGUGGAGUUCGAAGUUUGGCGCACUUGCGAGUGCAUAUGAGGAGUGCCGUGCUGAAGCAGUUGGAUAUUUCUUAUGUACUUAUCAAGAUGUUUUGAAAAUAUUUGGCUAUGAAGGUGAACUGGCCGAAAGCGUAAAGUAUGUAAAUUGGUUAUCUGAGAUUCGUGCUGGUUUAUUGGCACUCGAGUUUUAUUCACCAGAAACCAAAAAUUGGGGACAGGCACAUUGUUUUGCUCGUUACACACUGUUGCGAGUGUGUCUCGAGGCUGGCGAUAACUUCGUGACGAUCACGGAAACAGUUGGUGAAGAUGGUAAACCAGAUCUACUCUUUAAACUUGAUCCGGCAAAGAUCGAUACAGUCGGAAAGCCGGCCGUUGCAGCAUUCUUACGCAAACUUCAAGCGUACAAAUCGGUUGGUGACAAUGUGGCUGGUUCAGCAUUUUUCCACGAAUCGGGCGCAGUUGAGUCGAUAAACCUUAAGUGGCGUGAUAUCGUCAUUCAACGCCGUCAGCCACGUCGUUUGUUCGUGCAGAGCAAUACUCACCUCAGUCAGAAUGGUGAAGUUGAACUAAAAACAUAUCCAGAAACGUUUGAAGGCGUUAUUCAGUCGUUUGUUGAACGUUAUUCGACUGAGGUUAUUGAUGAUUUGGAAAAAUUCUGGCGUGACGAUUCAUAUUUCUCGAUUUCAAGUUGA